AAUUUUAAUGUUCAUGAAUAAAGAUAGUGUUAUCAGUUCAGCGUAUUUAUAAGCGUUGGUGCUCUCGACGGUCGGCCAUAUUUGUAGUUCACUUCUGUCAGCUGACGACCGGUUCUACUCUAAAGUAUCUACAAGAAAUUCCAAGUAACAGGCAAAUAAUGGAUGUCAUCGUAAUUGGAUGUGGAGCGUCAGGUAUAGCUGCCCUGAGGAAGUUGCAUGAUGCAGGACUGAAGGUUCUGGGCCUGGAGGCUGAAGACAGAAUCGGGGGGAGGAUUAAGACUGUUCCAUAUGGAGACUGCUACUUGGAUCUUGGUGCUGCAUGGUGUCAUGGUGAAAAAGACAAUGCCGUAUUUGAAUUAGCGAAUCCUUUAGGUCUCUUAGAGCAUCCUCAACCGGACCAUAAAUGGUACGUCCUGUCCAAUGGGGAACUGCUUCGUUCUGAUGUGAGUGAAGGCAUACUUACUGCUUUGGAUGAAGAGGUGGCUAAAGCUGAUAAAAACACGAAGCAAUCCAUCUCUGAAUGUGUUAGAAAGGCAGCAAAAUCCAAUCCUACAUUGAAAAAGGACCCAAAACUAUCCCAGGCUUUUGUAGAAUGGUUUGAGAAGACCAACCACGUUGGGGGUCAAACUGAUCCACUGAAAGGAAAGUCCUUGAAGAAUUUGGAAGAACAUUGGAUCUGUGAAGGAGAAUUCAUCCUGAACUGGAAAGGAAGGGUCUAUGGGACUAUAUUGGAUGUUUUACUGAACAAAUGCCCUGACCCAUCCAAAGAGUUGCCAAUUCAAAUCCACUUCAAUAAGGAAGUGGAAACGAUAAAAUGGUGCUCGAGCCAAGCGGGGAACCCCCUCGUUCAUGUUAAGUGCAAGGAUGGGAGUUUGUACUCUGCUAAGAGCGUUAUUGUUACCGUGUCUUUGGGACUUCUUAAGGAGAGACACAACAAACUCUUUAACCCGCAAUUGCCAGCUGAAAAAAUUAAUGCCAUAAACAACCUUGAGGUCUGUGUUCUAGACAAGAUUUACAUUGAAUUCACCAAGCCUUGGUGGCCAGAGACCCCCGCUAGUUUCUCUAUUCUCUGGCAAGAACAAGACAAAGCUAAAUUUACUAAAGACGAGCAAUGGAUUACUGGGAUAGCUAGCUUGAGUACCGUGGAAUAUCACCCUAAUCUUCUUUUGGCUUGCCUUCAUGGAAAUGCCGCUGAAAAAAUGGAACAAUUAACCGUGGAAGAAGUAAAGUUGGGUGUUGAGAAGCUAUUGAAUGUGGUGUUUAAGAAGAGUUUCGAUGUAUCUCCGGUUAAAUUUAUUACCAGAACGGAGUGGGCUUCAAAUCCGAUCGCAAGAGGCUCGUAUUCGUACCGCAGUGUUGUUACCGAGGAAAAAGGCGGCAGCGCGAUAAUUCUAAGUGAACCCUUGUAUUAUGAGGGAAAUUUCCCUAUUGUUUGCUUUGCUGGGGAAGCAACUUCCCACCAUAGAUACACAGCAGUCCACGGCGCUGUAGAGUCUGGAUUUAGGGAAGCCGACAGAUUGAUUGCCAGCUUAAAAAAAUGAUUUUUGUUAUUCCAAUAGGCAAGUGGCAACACUAUCAAUUGUUGAAAUAAAACACUGAGAAAUAUA